AUGAUACAUCCCGACAAUAUCCCCCCCUCUACCCUGAAGGGUAACGGCUUCGUCGCCAUCCAGGAGCUCUCCAAUGGAGCCCCCAACUGGACCAAGCCAGCAUUGUUGAUUAUAUAUGGAGAUGGGCAUGAGAACAUUGUUAGGAGCAUUGCAGAUGUUCUAGGCCAGCCUUGGGAACUGGCGGCAUCGUUGGCAGAAAUAAAAGCAGGAUUCGAAGGAACUAUCUACGGGAUAUCGAACAUAUUUGUCGGCUCCCAGCUGCAGGACUGGGAUGGAUCAAGGUUGGCCAUAAAUGCGCACUGUGUGGAUGGAGGCCAAGCGCUGGACGAGAACCUUACAUCGCGUUGUGCUUACGAGUACCUCUACACAGAGUCACCGUUCUUUCAGAGAGACAUAGCCCGAUUUCUUGGUUUUGUUCUCGGCCAAAUCAGCCAUCACCGCGACUUGACGAAGAAAGCGCGGACUACGCAAAUAUCCACUACGUUUCCUGACGUCCAUGCUGCGCUGCCGAAUCUGGAUAUUCUUUCCGUUGGAGCCGACGUUGUGGAAUUGAGAGUGGAUCUCCUUAAGGAGCCUCUCCCAGACGGAUCAUUCAGUCGAAUGCCGAGUCUGAAGUACGUUGGCGAGCAACUAAUGCUUCUACGGCAGCGCACUGAGCUCCCUAUCAUCUACACCACAAGAUGUACCAAAGAGAAUGGCCGCUUCCCUAUGGACGAUCCGAACCUUUUCUACGAAUACCUUUCAAGGGCAAUCAAGUGGGGGUGCGAGUACAUUGACGUUGAACUAUGGCUACCAGAAGAUAUCAGGCGACGCUUAGCGGAACACAAAGGGAACAGCAAGAUUAUCUCGGCUUUCCAUGACUUUUCCGGGACCUUCAAAUGGACAUCGCCGGAAGCGCAAGAGCUCUUUAGGAGAGGUGCUGUGUACGGCGAUGUAGUGAAGAUGAUUGCUUUCGUCAAUUCCAUCCAGGAAAACUACGAGUUAGAAUACUUUCGCUCCACCAUACAGUCGACAUUCCCCCAUCCUCCCCUGGCUGGAGUCAACAUGGGGCCUAUGGGGCAGCUAUCCCGGGCAUUGAACAAGGUGUUUACACCAAUUACGCAUCCUCUACUCCCCAUGAUUGCUGCGCCCGGCCAGCUUAGUGCUGCAGAAAUCAACAUGGCUCUCCAUAGCAUGGGCCAAAUGCCCAAAGUAGACAUAUACGGCAUUGGCAGCUAUCGGUCGACGACACAGGCCAUAUUUUUCGAGAAAUGCUUCAAUGAGUUGAGCUUACCGCAUCAGUUCAUGUUUAUAGAGAGGGCGCCUAAGGGCUCGAUAGACGCCAUCAUCCGGCGACCGAAUUUCGGUGGAGCCUACAUUAACCCUCCUCUUGCAGCAGCCUCGGCUCCAUACCUACCCUCGCUCACGACCGCUGCUAGGACGAUUGGACAGGUCGACGUGGUUACACUGCGCUUGGAGGGUGGUCGAACUACCUUUAUAGGAGACAACGCGACAUGGAAGGGCAUCCGGGCAACACUGAGCCGCGAUUUCGUUCCCUCGGCCUACAGCGGACAGGCAGCCUUGAUACUGGCUAGUGCAGAGGCUGAUGCCGCGGCAGCAAUAUUUGCAUUGAAAAGCCUGGGCAUCGGUCCGAUAUAUACUAUCGGUUUCAAGACGCAUGGGCCCCUGAGCUCCGAGGUUGAUCCAGUCCGAUCUGUGGAAGACGUCAAGAGACUGCAGCAGCCCUUCGUCAUCAUCUCUGCGUUGCCGGCAGAGAAAUCCUUGCUGGUGGUUCCCCUGUUGAAGCACUAUCGUGUCGACGGAAGGAGCCCUGGUAGUCUUGCAGGUAAGGUGUUUGUGGACCUCGCCAACGGGCCAAGGAAAGGAGAUCCACUUGUUAUAGCGGCCUCGUCAGGAUGGACGGCAUACGGCAUUGCAGAUGUGAGUGCUUGGACAACGGUGGAAACGCUCAGGUUGCUGGUAGGACAGAACGUGCCCUACGACUUUGUGCGUCUGGCAUCUGGGAGAGGACUGUUUUGA